AUGUCGGUCGACACCAGUUACUUGACCACCCAGGUCAACAAUAUCAUCGAUCAGUUGCAUGGCAUCUUUGAUGAUAUUGGUGUGCCUAACCAUGAGAGAGAGACUCGUGAGACAGAGCUCUUCGCCGCCCUAUCAGAUACAUUGAACAACCAUUUACGCAUUGUCAAUACUGAGAAACAAGAUAUGAUUGCAGAAGCCGGGCACCUCAUAAACACAAUCAAGCAGAUGGAAGUAGCGCUUGAUGACCAGAAGGCAAAUGACCAAUAUGAGCUUGGCCACGACCUCCAGAUUACCUUCCCACUCAAUCGUUGCAUUGUCACAUUAAAAGAAAAGUACUCUGCAAUCAACAGACUACAUCGCGAGCGCUACGAGCAAGUUAAAAAAUUGGUCGAGGCUCUCGAGUCUUACUCUUCACAUUUGGAAGCAUCAUUUGUGAAGAUUCCACUUCCACCAACAGCGCCCAACGCAUCUAUUCCACCUAAUUUUGAUCUCUCUCCUUCUUAUGUCACCAAAUUGGACAAUGAAUUCACUCGCGUCUACGAAGAAUACAACAAGCGAGUCCACCUGGUCAAGGUAACUUCUGAAGAGAUCAUCAAGCUAUGGGCCGAGCUUGGAACUCCUCAAGCACAAACAGACUCCACCAUUGUCAAGUACUACCGUGAUGCUCCAGAGCAGCUCGGUCUUCAUGAUACUGAUCUCGCCAACCUGAAGGGAAGGCGCGAUAAGCUUAUGGAGGAGAAGAAGAAUCGCGAAAAGAAGCUAAAGGAUUUGAAGACCGCGGUUGAAGCUUUGUGGGAGCGUCUUGGGGUUGAUGAGCGCGACCAAAAAGCCUUCCUUGCAGCUAACCGUGGCUGUGGUCUCCGCACAAUAAACGAAUUCAACGAGGAGCUCAACAGGCUCAACGAACUUAAGCGUCAGAAUCUACAUUUGUUUGUUGAAGAUGCUCGUUGUCGCUUACAGGAAUUGUGGGAUAGCCUGUACUAUUCCGAAGAGGAAAUGUUGGACUUCACGCCUGCCUUUUCUGACGUCUACAGCGACGCCUUAUUGGAAGCCCACGAAGCAGAGAUUGCACGACUUGAGGCUAUCCGAGAGCAGCGCGCUCCUACUCUUGACCUUGUUACCAGACACAAAACCUUGAUGGAAGAACGAGACGCCCUUGCCGCUUCAAGUCAAGAUGCAUCCCGCCUUAUGGCUCGUGGUAACAAGGGAGAGAAGCGCGACCCUGGCAAACUUCUCCGAGAAGAAAAGAUGCGCAAACGGAUUGCCAAGGAACUGCCAAAGCUUGAAGCCGAUUUACGCAAAAUGCUGGAGCAAUGGGAAGAUGAAUUCGGCAGACCUUUCCUAAUCCAUGGUGAAAGAUAUCUUGACGAGAUCACGCCAGUGGCAUCUAAAGCUCCUCCACGAUCCAAGACUCCAUCAGUGCCGCCACCAAACUCAGUCAAGUCUAAGCAAGCAAGCACAUAUGGGACUGGAAGUGUUCGCGGUCCCCCACCACCUCGGUCUGCAACCAAAACACCAACGGGUACCAUGCGACGCAACGCACCACAAGCAGCAGCUUCGUAUUCCGCUCAAGCGCAAACCAAGUCUCCCUCCAAGAUUCCUGCUCGGGUUCCACUUGGCAACAUGCCUCAUGGCAACAAUUCUCCCGAACGCCGCCAGCCGCCGGCUUCGUACUCUUCUAACACUAUCCGAGGCAAGGUGCCACCCCGCGCUCCUCCACCAAAAAUGCGAGAUCUCUUUAACGAUCCAAAUGAGGAUUCCGUAGCUCCCAGUUACAUAAUGGAGCCUUCGCAUUGUGAGAGCAUGAUGUCUGCUCGAAGUGUGCGCCCCGUUUCUCUUGAAGAUGUCUAUGAUGACAGACAACAACGAUCGAUGAACCAAUCCGCCAUAUCGCGGAGCAGAACAGAUUUGAGCUCACAUGGUUCAUCCCAGUCUCUUCAUUCCAUAGCAUCCCGAGAGAUGGCGUACCCACCACAGAAUUCAUAUCUCAACCGCCAGCCACCUCCACCGGCUGCAGCAAUGAGGCAAAUUUCAAACUCAACAGUUGAAACAGCCACUUCUGGUUCUGAAAACUGGGAGACGUUCGACGAUGUUUCAGAGCCGGAGACCGACGCCAGUAAUGUCUAUUAUGCCAAUCUUCGCGCAGCCCAUGGAAAGCGCUUGGCUCCAGAAGGUCAGCAUGAGGAGUCACUUAUGGGUAAGAAGCUGAGAGGCAUCCGCACAGUCGGGUCUGAUGAGCAAUUUCUUGAGCAUAAUGGCCAGAUGGUGAGGAUUGAAGGGAGCGAUGGAGGUUGGACCGACGACUUGGAUACGUAUUGA